AUGCCGCAAACAAGUUCGCGAACCAGAAUUACGAGGAAAGAAGUAGAAGCUGCCUUUGCAAUGUGCAAUCCUCAGAAGCCUGAAACAAUCAACAUACAAGAUUUAAAGGUUAUCAUGAGAGCUCUUGGUUUCGAUCCGCGGAAUGAGGAGGUUGAACGGCUGACCAAAAAGGUGCAAAAUACGAUCAAACGCGUAAAAGGCGAUAAAGAUGAAGCCUUACUUACUGUUGAUCAGUUCCUCGAUUUGAUGAAGGAGCGCUUGGAAUCCGACAAGAGCACUGAAGAGAUGAGAUGCGCCUUCAAAUUGUUCGAUCGUGAUGGCAAAGGAUGGAUUGAUUUGGAGGAUUUAAAACGAGUAUCUAAUGAACUUGGGGAAGAUAUCAAACAGAAUGAUCUCAUCGAAAUGCUAAAAGAAGCAGAGGCAGAUCCCGGACAAAAGGGGAGGGUGGACGAAGAAGCAUUUUUCCGAAUUAUGAAAAGGACAUGCCUAUAU